AUGCGGUUAAUUCUUCUGACAAUCCUACUACCCGGUCUCUUGGCCCAUUCCUUGGAUCACACUCGUCGUGAAAGGACGUGCACCACCGAAACCGCGAUUAUUCGGAGAGAAUGGGGCUCGCUGACGUCUUCCGAGCGAACAAAUUACAUCGACGCGGUACUUUGUGCUCAAAACACACCUUCAGAGCUAAACCUCCCUGCAACUAAAUCACGGUUCGAUGACUUUGCUGCUGUUCACAUCAAUUUAACCCGCUCUAUCCAUAACAACGGCGUCUUUUUCCACUGGCACCGCCACUACGUAUACUUGUGGGAGAAAUUCUUACGCGACGAGUGCAACUACGCCGGGUAUCAACCUUACUGGAACUGGGCUCUGUGGCCAAACUUGGCAGCCAGCCCGCUCUUCGACGGCAGCAUGACCAGCCUCGGUGGCGACGGUGAGCCUAUUCCGGACCGACCACCCACAAUCAUAGGCUCGACAGGCUUGAAGGUUCCCCCCGGUAACGGCGGCGGUUGCAUGAAGAGCGGCCCAUUCGUCAACAUGACCGUGACGAUGGGACCAUUCGCAUUCAGUGAUUUAACUACGGGCCUUCCCUCGAAUUGGAGCGACUACAACCCGCGAUGCCUCCCGAGGGACCUGAACGACGGAGCCUACCAGUUCAACAACCAGACCAUGAUCGAGCUGGCGCUGGAGCAGCCUGAGAUCGGGGCCCUGACGGACUUUGUGAACAGUGGAGUUGCGGGGGAGGGACUGGGGCUGCACUCGGGUGGGCAUUUUGCUAUCGGCCCUGUGAUGUUUGAUACCUUUGCGUCUCCGUUUGACCCUGCGUUCUUCGUGCAUCACGCUAUGCUUGAUAAGCUGUGGUUGGAUUGGCAAGAGAUCGACUUUGCAGAGAGGCAAUUCCAAUAUAACGGAACUAGUACCGUCUUCAAUGGCAACUCGACGCCGCCGGUGACAAAUGAGACGGAUAUCUACUUUCCCAGCAUUGGUACCACGGUAAAAGUCAUGGAUGUUGUGGAUGUGAAAAGCGGGUUCUACUGCUACCGCUAUGAGUAA